CUUUCAAUGAUUACCCAUCAUCCAUAUUGAGUUGCGUGCCAGCGUUUCGAGCUGGGUGUGUCUGACAUAAUUGUCUGAGACAUAACAAACGAACGACGCAUCAGCCAGUGUUCCAGGUGACACAAAAUAUUGGGGAAACAUUGGAAGAAGAACAGAGGAACCCGCUAUACUGCCAUAAUGAAGGGAUUGGACAACAGAGCCAGGAACAAGUACGCCUACGCACCCGAACAUGUGCAGAGUAUGCCACCAUUCAGCGUUUUGCUUGUUGGGGCUCUUCUUGUUAUUCUCAUAGCCGUUGGACUCCCAUGGCUGUAUUCCUCUCGAUAUCCUGAUUCGUUGAAGAGCAAAGCAGCCGACAACAUCAGGGCAAGAAAUGCUCGCAACGAGCCGUCAGUCCACACGCAUGUGGUGAGAGAUGGUCGGCCGGGGCCGUUCCCCGGGGCGGCAGCACAGAGGGUGACCCGGCAACCCGCUCCCAAAGGCGCCCGGAGCAUCAUGGCGACCGUGCUACCGAUCUACGGCAUCGGCAUUGGCGCGUAUGUGCUGUUCACCAUGUACAAGGUGUUCGGUGGGAAAGCUCAAGAAAAUGACCCUUCUAGCAGCACGAAGAAUUACAACAGCGUCAAUGAGAGAGUGCGACGAAGACAAGAUAACAGUUGCAACAAAAGAGGCUUCUCCUUGUUUGGACAGAGGAAGAGGAAACAGAAGGGACGAUUCAACCAAGAAGAUCUAAUGAAACUGAAAGAGAAGAUAGCCGAGACAGAACAGCUGAUGCAGAAGGCUCUAGCUGACAUGGCCGCGACGGUGGAAAACGUAGCUGCAGAGGAGUUGAAGGGACAGUUUGACAGUACACAAGGGGGUGGGGAAGGUGCAGAUACAAAAUCAUCCUCUGAACAGGUGCAAAACAAAACAGCAGAUACUAGUAGCCAGAGCCCUUCCAGAGCUGGGCGUGAGAGAAGGGAUGAGAUGGGAUCAGAUAAUAGCUUAUCAUCUGCCAGAGAUGUCAGUCAGAUAAAGGGGGAGUUGGAAGAAGAUAGCCCAGAGUUCGACCCUGCUACAGGUGAAACCCUUGCUACCAAUAAAUGUGAUGAGGAAGUCAAGUCAGGUGUGUCAGAUGAUCAUGACAUGGAAGCAUCUAGUGAUGCAGCUGAUAACAGCACAGAUAAACCUGACAUUGCAUGUUUGGAUGGUAAAGAAAUUAUUGACGUGGAAGAUUUAGGUUCAGACUCAGAGGGUGAUGCUGUUUUAAGACAUCGGAAUGUAGAUAAGUCAGAGUUGGACAAGUCCACUAGCCAGGGCAAGUAAAAGUGCUAACCAGGCAAGUGCAGGUCCUAGCCCACUUGCUCGAUCGGGCAAGUAAGAGUUUUCCAUAGAGUGAGAUUUUGAUAUACUUCAAUAUUACUUGUUACUUUUUACAGUCAUGACAUCAAGCAAUGGUCAGCAUAGAAAUACAGAAGCAAAUAACAACUCCAUUGCUGGAAGUGAAAAUUUAAGUGACAUCCACACUGAUGAGAUGGGUCCCCAUAUCCUUUGUGUAAACAAAGGAGCAAAGUGGAAUCAAAUCAGCCCAAAAGAUAGUGCUGUGAGGCCUAAGUUGCUUUGUUUAGUGAUACAGAUAACAUGCAUACAGCUUCUUCUCAGUCUAUAUUCAAAACAAACGUCUGGAUCUUACUUGGGGACCUGUAGUCUCUGUAAAAAACUACUAGAGGCAGUACUAGUGCUUAAGAUGCCACUAAAUGUUUUGCCCAACAGUCAAUAUCAUAAUGUAUUAAAAAGCCUUGUAUUAUACUUCAUGUAAAUAUUAUGUAUCAUUGUACUUGACUAUAUAUUUUCCUAGGCCAGCCCUUUGUAAUAGCUUUGGCUGGGUGACCUGGUACUGGUAGCCUGUAUUGUCAUUGUUAUUUAUUAUAGAUAAAUGACACAGAUGAACAGAA